CGGACACUGUCAUUUGUACCAAAACCACGUAUCGGGACACGCUGACAGGAAUCGCCACUCAUUUUACCAACCACCAUGAACCAUCUGUUGCUGAUCGUGAUUGUCCCCGUUGUAGCCACUGUAAUCGCCGCUCACGUUCAAUAUCCCCAACAAACGUCACUGCUGUAUCCAGUGCAAAGUAAACGGAUCCGAACACAAGAAAAAAUCAUUACAGACUGCAUGACCGUGUGGUCCGAAGAAGGACAUCUGUACUACAAAUCGCAGACAAACGACCCGACCGUGUGCGGCAUUUACAUAAUAUCGAAGCCCGAGCAGACGGUCCACGUGUACUUCGAUUACAUAGACGUGCCGUGCAACACGGGAGGUUUAAUAGCGUUUGUGGAUGGAUGGGAACUCAACGGACAGUUAUUUCCCAACGAACAGGAUCACCCGAAACCCAUGGAGGAGCGUUUUUACGAGAUUUGCGGCACAAAAAAACGCAAACAGGUAUAUAAAUCGUCACAAAAUGCUGCUUUGAUACAAUUCCGAGUACCGCGAAGGGGCAACGGAUUCAGUUUUUAUGUGUCAUUCAUCAACAAUCCUACACCUUGUAACAUACUCAUGGAAGGCAUUACCGACAUUUACACACUGAGAAAUUAUGGAAAACCGGUAAACUGUAGCCUAACGAUGUUGAACCCGGCUCAGGUGAAAAUACUUUCGUUGGGCGUUGGUCUUGGGCACGGGCAAAAGAGAAAUCCGACCGAACACGAAACGGGAACGAUUCACAAGUGUGAUAAACGAGGAUUACCAGAUUUCGUUCAAGUGGGUGGUGGAGACGGAUUGGGCCAGUUAUCCGUAAUCGACUCGAUUUGCGGCACAAAUUCAGAACCAGAGCAUUCCGUGGAAACAAUAAUGUGUGGCGUGACCACUGUGAGACUUGUAUCAAGUGGUCAGUUUCACAAUGCUGUCACAGUAGCCGUAGCACCUACCGAUGGUGGAGCUACGCCGACAUUAGUGUGUGGACAAUAGGAAUAGAGUAUAUACAUUAUAUAUACAUAAAAAAAAUCAGAAAUCCCUUCCCUCCAAUAAAUAAUGAUUCAAUAUUUGUUUAUGUUUUUAUAUCUGUCCAAUUUUCAAAAAACAAACAUGAACACAUAGCGUUCAACAUUCAUACAUUAAAAUAUUCAUAGUAAUUUUUUUUUGUGAUAUUGAUACGUAUAUACAUAUAUAUAUAUAAUACGUACAUGUAUAUAUGUAUAUAAGUACACAUACAUCUACAAAGUACAUUCACCGGACAAAAACGGAUAAUAAAUUAUAAUACUUCUUACAAUAAUAAGUCUAAAUUAAUGAUAUGCAUGCGUAUAGUUUGAUAUGUUUAUGUUAUGUAAGAUUUCACCGACAUUAUUCUGUUUUCUGAACUAAUAAUAAACACUUAAAAUUAAGGACAUCAAAACAUGUAUACAAUAUGAUAAGAAUAUUAUGAAACCGUAUAGUUUUCUAUUUCAUAUAUUAAGCCAGCCAGAGUUUUAAAUCUAUCUACUAUAUAAAUUGUGUACAAAAAUAGGUCUAAGUUUAAUACGUGACAUACAAGAUUUUCAACAAUAAAUUGAAUCCUAUUAAUUGAA